AUGGAUUCAAGGCUUUAUGAGGCAAUUGCCAACAAUGAUAGAGGUGCCUUCGACAAUUUAGUUCAAGACAAUGAAGGAAUUCUGGAACAGACAACUGAUUAUCACUUGAGCACCGUGUUGCACCUUGCCUCGAGGUUCAGGCACUUCAAAUUGGUGAAGGACAUCAUUGAGUUGCAUCCUGAAAUUGUUGAAACUGUGAACAAGAAGCUUGUCGACAAGCUUGCAGACGGGCAUCUUGAUGUGGUGAAGCUCAUGAUGAAUCAGUCUUGGCUGAUGGACUUUGAAGAAGAUGGGAUUGAUCUAAAUGCUCUACAUGUUGCCGCAGCAAUGGGGCACACAGACAUUGUUCAGAAUAUAUUGGAGGUGCGGCCAAAUUUUGCUCGAAAGAGCAACAAGAAUGGAUAUUCUCCGUUGCACUGUGCUUGUAGCAGAGGAUACUUGGAGAUAACAAGAUUGUUUUUGAGGCUUGACCAAGGCCUUGCUCUGCAAUACAAUGACAAAGGUUAUACCCCAUUGCACUUGGCAGCCAUACAUGGCAAAGUUCCAAUAAUCCUUGAAGAAUUCAUGUUAAGUUCUCCCACUUCCUUCCAGUACCUGACAAAAGAGGGAGAAACAGUGUGUCAUCUUGCUGUAAAAUUCAACCAAUAUGAUGCACUUUUAUGUCUGGCAAAUUUCUUCAAUAAUUUUGCAUUCUAA